AUGGACGACUCGACAUAUGGCAUCGCCAAGUUUUUGUUUCCUCGCAUCCCUUCGCUGACAAAGACGGCCCUUGCACACUCUCUGUCGCUCUCACCAACCUCUUCGAAAUGGAAUUUGAAGACUGAGAUGACCGUUGCAUUUUUACGCGGUCUUAUGAAUGAUGGUCCUUCACCAAUCGGAAAGACUCAAGCUCAGACUUUGAAGGAUCCUGGUGCCAAGGGCAAGGUCUGGACAGCCAAAGUCACUGUCCCAGCUCCCGAGGACGAAAGCAUCCGAGAUGCGACAUUUACUGCCAUCGCAGACCUUGGAGAUGGCAACGAGACGUAUACGAAACCAGGACUCUCUGCCAUUGACGCUGAGUGGACUGGCUUCCGCCCUGGAGCUGGUGCCGAAGAGCCUCUGCCAGAUAUCUCAGAGCAGGAAAAGUACAAGAAUCUAAUGAGUGAGCCUACCAAGUCGAGCAAGACAACCAUCCUUUAUCUCCAUGGCGGCGCGUAUUACAUGUGCGGUUUUGGAACUCACAGACUGCAAGUCUCGAAACUUGCAAAGGCUUGCAAUGGAAGAGCCUUCAAUGUUGGCUACCGUCUUGCGCCGCAGGCUGCUUUCCCAUCGCAGUUGUUGGAUGCACUAAACGCGUAUCUGUAUCUGUUGUACCCACCUUCUGGCUCUUUGCAUGAACCAGUGUCAGCUAGCGACAUUGUUUUCGCCGGCGACUCAGCAGGUGGCAAUCUGGUAUUUGCACUUCUCCAACUGUUGCUGCAACUUCAUCGUACCAAGCCAUCAGGAGCAAAGGACCCUACUGUCCGUUAUCAUGGCAAAACCGUUGAAGUACCUUUUCCUGCGGGAGCAUCAGCCAACUCUGGCUGGUUUGAUAUCACCAGAUCGAUGCCUUCCUUGGUACAUAACGCAAAGUACGACUACCUUCCACCAGCAGAUCAUGAUGACGCCUUGGGACGAUUUCCGAAGGACGACGUCUGGCCAACUACACCACCAAGAGGUGAUCUGUUCUGUGAUCUCAGUAUGAUAUGUCAUCCUCUUGUAUCACCCCUUGCAGCCAAGGACUGGACCAAUGCACCACCACUCUGGAUUGAAACUGGAGAAGAACUUCUCACAGACGAAGAUCUGGUUGUGGCUGUCAGAGCAAGCACUCAAGGUGUAAAAGUUCAUUUCGAGCAAUAUGAAGCAAUGCCCCACUGCUUUGCUAUGCUCCUGCCUACACUUGCUACUAGCAAGCGAUGCAUCGACUCUUGGGGAACUUUCUGCCGUAAUUGUACAGAAGACAGUAUAGAGACGAAUGGUACCUGGAUCGCAGCGAAGACAGGACUUGAGAAAGAGGUUGACGUGACAAAAGUCACAGAAUUGACUGUUGAAGAUGCUAUCAAACGGAUGAGGGAUGCCCAAAGGAGACGUUAUGCUGGUUACGAGAAAGAGGGCAAAGCAAUGCCCAACCCGAGCUUGUAG